CUUGACUUGCCAUUGCUAUAGUCAAUGCAAAAUGGGCUCCAGCACUGGAACUUGGAUUCUACUUGGCCUGGUGGCCGGCAUCGCCUCUCUGUCUACCGCUGCCAAUGUUGGCCGAAGUGAUGACCAGACAAUCCUACAUAAUAAUGGAAAUACCUUUCUAUCAAACGGAGCUGGACAAAUCAUACGCGGACCAGAUGGCAAAACAGUUUUGAUUGGAUCUGAUGGACGCAGAAUCAUUGCGAAUGCUGACUCAAGUGAAGAGGACGUCUCCCAGGACUAUGGAAGCGGUGGAAGUAAUAACAACGUUAUCAUUAACGGCCAGGGUGGUUCCAGCAUAAUUCAGAGCGAUGGACAUAGCUUCAUCUACGGAGACGAAAGCCAGGGAAGCUAUAUCAAUAGCAAUGGUCGCACUGUUAGAAUCAUCAAUGGAGCCAUUGAGCUGAAUGAGAACGGAAAGGUGUAUACCUUCCAGCCAAAAGCACCUGGUGUGAACCAGAAGGAAACUGUGGAUAUCAACGGACAGCCAGCUAAAGUGGAGUACUCGAAUGGGGACAUAAUCAUCGAACUGGCCGAUCACACGGUGGUUGCCAAGAUAGGUGGACGUACAUUCCUGGGCGAUCGUUACUCCUUCGACAAUCGCGACAAACUGGAGGCAGAGGCUAAGAACUAUGCCGAGCGUAUUCAACAAGAAGUAAGGGCCAGCCUAAAGAAAACCAUGGAUGAUCUUCACAAAGACCUUCAAGAAACCCUAGGUAACCUCUUUGUCUAGAUAAAGUAAGUGUACAUGAGUCGCUCGAAAUAAAGCGCAUUUGCAGCA